GUCCUUGUCUCUGCCACUCGCUUUCUCCCUCUAUUUUCUUCAAUCUCUUCUUCUCUCUUCUUUAAUUUCCUCCAUUCCUCCCCUUUUAAUUCAUCAUGUCGUUCAACGCGCUCCGUCGCAAGAAGAAUGUCAAGAAGGGUAUCCAGUUCUGUCUGAUGGUCUGUGGUGCCAGCGGAACCGGACGUACCACCUUCGUCAACACUCUUUGUGGAAAGAAGGUCCUAGAAGGCAAGGACUGCGACGACCCGGCCAAUGCUCACAUUGAGGAGGGUGUCCGCAUCAAGCCAGUCACAGUUGAGCUGGAAUUGGACGACGAAGGCACCCGCAUUUCCCUCACCAUCGUUGAUACCCCCGGUUUCGGAGACCAGAUUGACAACGAAGCAAGCUUCGGCGAAAUCGUUGGAUACCUUGAGCGCCAAUACGAUGACAUUCUUGCGGAGGAAUCCCGAAUCAAGCGUAACCCCCGCUUCAGGGACAACCGUGUUCACGUCCUGCUUUACUUCAUCACACCGACCGGCCAUGGACUGCGUGAGCUGGACAUCGAAUUGAUGAAGCGCCUUUCUCCCCGUGUCAACGUCAUCCCCGUCAUCGGCAAGGCCGACUCUCUCACCCCUGCCGAAUUGGCCGAAUCCAAGAAGCUUAUCAUGGAGGAUAUUGAGCACUACCGCAUUCCCGUGUACAACUUCCCUUACGAUAUCGAGGAGGACGACGAGGACACCGUGGAGGAGAAUGCUGAGCUUCGUGGUCUGAUGCCGUUUGCCAUUGUUGGCUCUGAGGACUUUGUUGAGAUUGACGGCAAGAAGGUGCGGGCCAGGCAAUAUCCUUGGGGUGUCGUGGACGUUGAGAACCCCCGUCACUCGGACUUCUUGGCCAUCCGCAGCGCUCUUCUUCACAGCCAUCUCGCAGACCUUAAGGAAAUUACCCACGAUUUCCUCUACGAAAACUACCGUACUGAGAAGCUCAGCAAGAGUGUGGAUGGUGCUACGCCUACACAAGACUCUUCGAUGAACCCAGAAGACCUAGCAUCCCAGUCCGUUAGACUGAAGGAGGAGCAGCUUCGUCGCGAGGAGGAGAAGCUCCGCGAGAUCGAACUCAAGGUGCAGCGCGAGAUCGCUGAGAAGCGCCAGGAACUGUUGGCUCGUGAGAGUCAGCUGAGGGAGAUCGAGGCUCGCAUGGCGCGUGAAGCAAGCCAGAGUCAGAUUGAUAGCAUCAGCGAUGCUUGAGCUCUUCCUGAACCUGUUCUCCGGAGGGAGACGGAUCUUGCAUGUUGACCCCGGACGCCGUUUGUGCCUAUGUAAUGAGAUUCGUGGCACGGCAGUUGUGACUGUCGACGGGGGAAAGAUUAGUCGACCGUUUAUUCACGUUAAUAGCUUCUUAUC